AUGGUCGAGAAGCUCUACGUCACGUACAACGAUGUCCACAAGCUCUGCCAGGAGUCCGCGACCGACAUCCUCGAGAAGUUCCAGCCCCAGCUCAUGAUCGCCAUCGGCGGUGGCGGCUUCAUCCCGGCCCGUAUCCUGCGCUCCUUCCUCAAGCAGCCCGGAAGCCCCAACAUCCCCAUCCAGGCCAUCGGCCUCUCCCUCUACGAGACCCUUCCCGAGACCCUUGGCGGCAAUGCCACCCCCGGCGCCCCCGAGGUGCCCGGCACCAAGGUUACCCGCACCCAGUGGCUCGACCUCAGCGCCCUCGGCGAGAUGGAGAACCUCAUCGGCAAGCGCGUUCUGAUCGUCGACGAGGUCGACGACACCCGCACCACCCUCGAGUACGCCGUGAAGGAGCUUGAGAAGGACGUCGAGGCCGCCCGCCAGCGUAUGGGCGGAAAGGGCGAGAAGACCGAGUUCGGCAUCUUCGUCCUGCACAACAAGGACAAGAAGAAGAAGGGCACCCUGCCCGAGGAAAUGCUGGACUCCGGCCGCUACUUCGUCGCCCGCACCGUCAAGGAUAUCUGGAUCAACUACCCCUGGGAGGCCAUCGACAUCGACGAGCACGACCGCCUUGGCGCUGGCCAGGCUAAAUAG